UAUAAUCUGGUUGUAGCAAUAGCAAGUGUGUUUUACAUACUUCCCUCUUGAACAAGGUUAGGCCGGACUGUGUCUGUUUCCAUGCAAUGCACAAAUGAGAAGGUCUAUUCAUUUUUUUGUCUUGCAGUUCAUGCGUCCUUGGACCCAAUCCAGUGGUCUCUGUUACAUCUGGCUUUCCUGCAUGACUGGCCCCAGAUCAGCAAUUCAAGUGCUUACUGCAAGGAAAAUAAUCAUGGCGUUUAAGUAACUUCAAAAAAUCAAAGCAGAGACCGGACCAUGAUCUCCUAAAAUGAUAUUAUCUUAAUGUGAAGGUCACCGACAUGUCUAGGUCAUAGAACAUAAAGAAGAGCGAGCGCACGACGGCGGCUCCAGAUUCACAAUCAACAAAGGAAAUUCCUUGGCAGCCGGAAUAUGUGCCUGGAGACUUCUGAACUUCCUCUCCUCAGCAUUUAAAAAUUCUUCCAUCUCCGUUCCUCCCUAAAUCCAAGGGUAGGAUUACACCCCUCCCACCGUGGGCGGAGCAACCCGGUCAGCUCCACCAAUAGAAACUUUUCACAGCCACUAUGAAGCUCCUCUGACUCUCUGAUUUGACCAUGCAGGACGCAGUCAGGUCUGAGGAUGCCGAACCUCUUCCUGCAGCCUCCCAAAACAACGAUCUCGCCAAUCUCAGGGAGCGACCUGAACCCACGCAGGCGGAGAAUUGGCGUCCAUCUAGCACCAGCCCAGAGCCUGGCUCCUCAUCUGCUCCCUCUUCGACUCCCACCCGACAAACCCAAAGCUCUGCAGUAUCAGCUCUGCAGUCCAAGGUCAAGUCUCUCGCUGAGCGCAAAGUUAUUUGGAAAGAACCAGCAAGUGCAACCAAGGACAAGAGGAUGGUUUCGGGGACCUUCAAGUUGGGAUAUGCUCUCACCGACGCUUGGGGCUCUAGUAGCAGCGACGAGGAGCCUCAGUUGGAAAGAAGCGAGUAUGACCAUGUUACACCCAUGCUUGCAAUUCCAUGUGGACUUGGAGAAGGAGCGAGUGUAGAAAGCCUGGUUAGUGAUGUCUGUGGAACUCAAGGGGACCAUGUGUCACUGUCUGAUAAACCGUGGAUGCCUCCCAAGUGCUUCUGGAGGUCCGGUAGCCCGCAGACGGUGCUUCCAAACAUGGACGUUCCUGUGGGGACAGACGAAGGAACCCUGUGUUCGGUUGCUUCCAAAAUGGCCCAAAGGUUCCCAAGAGAACUGCAAAGAUCUGACAGUUUGGAGAGCCACCUGCGCAGGUACAAUCACGUUGAGGUCGGAUCGACGAUGCAAAGUGGACUCUGGCGAUCCGACAGUUUGGAGAGCGUGUGCAGCAGCGGGAGCUCGUUGUCGCUGGCAGAGAGGGUCGAGAUGAACCGUGGCCUUCUCAAACAGAUGCUGCAGAAACCCCAGACUAAAUAUGACGAGGGUGGCGAGGUGACAAACCCGGAACAGCGACUAGAGAACUCGACGCACACUGGUGGCAGAGGUAUCUGUGGCCAGAACGACAGUGAUCUGGAUUCUGGAAUAUCCCUUCAAGGUAGUGAGAGCAGUCAAAGGGCCUUUGUGUUGGCCGACGACCUUCCGCUGAGCCCGCGACACGAGCAGGCCAAACGACUGCUGGAAAGAGCGCGUAUGAAGGCCCGGUCCAACCCUCUUAAAGCCGACCACACCAUCCUGCCCGUCCAGAGGGACAACCUGGAGCUGCUGUCCUGGAUUGGCGUACACCAGGCUCCUCUUGCGGGAAAGGAGGGCGUGGCGGUGCACUCGGGCAACCUCAGUGACUCCUCCAGCGGCGACUCUGCGGGCGGGACCAGGCGCAGACACGGCCAGUCACCCACGCGGGUGCGUUUCGAAGACGAAUCGGAGAAGGAAGCCGAAGUGCGCUACCUGGAGCGCCUGCGCCAGCGACGCAGGGCCGGAGAAAGGGCCCAGGGGUUGCUGGUGUCCAAACCCAGUCUAUCUUCUUACAUCGGCGGUCAUACGGAAGCCGACUCAGGUUCGAUAUUCUGGAAGGCCAAAGCUAAGAAGAGUCUGGCGAAUGGCAACGGGCAUUACAGAAGUCCGGCGGUGAAUAGGCAGUGCAAUUCCUGUGGGACGUUUCUGCAUGAUGUACACGGGGCUAGCUUGAACGCCACGGUAUCAAACGGAGAAGUCGGAGGGAAGAUACCGUGUUGGGUGGCUCCCACCCUUCCCAAUCGCCUGGUUCGAAUCGAACAGAUUAAGGAGACGUAUAUCGGAAAGACGAGUCCCGCCAUCGUCCAGAGCGAUGGAACGCACUGCAGUCCGCCGAAUGCUGUGGAUUAUUUGAGUGCUAAAGGAACAAUCCAAAAGCUGAAGAAGAAGGUUAGGAAACUAGAGACCAAGAAUGAACCCUUGUAUGUCAACGGCCUCAGGGACGGCGACAAACUCGCGGUCAGCGGAACUCAGAUGUGUUUUUCGAACGGAGUUAUGACAUUGCCUCACAAUCCCUACGCCACAGAACAACCAGGACAGAUGAAAAUCGCAUUCCCUGUGGCUCCUCCGUUGCCUCCAAAAGGAGAACCACACAACCUUCCACAACCAACCCCUCCGCCUCUCCAACCCAAAAAAUCUGCUCUGAAAUCAAGCUCAAAAGGCCGUUCCGCCGGUCAGCGAGUUGUCACCCUCAUGUCUUCGCCAGAGUACUGCGUUGUGCAAAUGGACUCCGUCAAGGUAGGGGGCGCUGUGGAGAGCUUUUCUCAGGAGCAGCCCUCCGCUGGGUUGGGUUACUGGGAAGACAGAUCAUUGGUGGUGAGCCCUUCUUUAGCCAGAACAAGAAACAUUCCAGUGCAAGGGGAGGAAUGGUCCCAAACGACAGAUGUAGAGCAGGCUGUAGGACCGCUGGGAUCUGAUGCAACAUCCGGCAGUGCUGAAUCAACCCAAACCCGUCUGAAUGACGGACACGUCCGAGGACCAAUCAAAUCAGUGCUUCACAGGGCCAACAGCCCAAACCUUUCACAAGCAGGGACAGACGCUGAGCACCGGGAGGGUCGAUCCAAACUGUCCCUGCGGCGCUUCUUCUCUGCCAUGGGACUGAACAGCGUGGGGUUGCUGGGAAAAGGACGUUCAAGCAGCAUGGAUCAUCUCAGCCUGCACCCUAAACCCAACUCGAACACGACCUCGAACCCAAGACAGACCUCACCCUCAACAUCCCCCAGCCCAACACACAGACACUAUAACCAGCUGAAGAAAGCUCCCUCACUACAGACCAUCCGCCUGGGGUCUCCAUUUCUCCAAAUGAGAAGAUCCUCGUCGGCUCAAAACCUUCAGAUCACAAUGAAAAAAACAGACAGAUCUUCAGCAUACAGUCCAGGAGAACAGCCCUGUAGCCCUGUACUCACCAGGGACCUCCAGCGUGCCUUAAGUGUAGAGGACGUAGGGCGGCCCAGUGCUGUGCGCUCGGUGGGUCGUGUGGCUCAGGCCUUCCCUGACGGCACAAUCCUGCUGGAACUCUCAAGACCUCCAAAUGGACCCUUCGGCUUUCUCAUCUCACGAGGCAAAGGCAGGCCAGACUCAGGGGUGUACGUUGAAGAGAUGGGCGACAGCAACACUGAAAAGCUCUACGCUGGUUUACUUGGAGUCGGCGAUGAGAUUCUGGAGGUGAACGGGGAGAAGGUGGCUGGACUGAGUUUGGACCUGGUGACCCGUUUAAUGACUCAGAACAGCACCGCGUCCAUCCGGGUUCUCCGGCAUAGACGACUCCAGCGCUAAAAACUGAGAUCAGGCCACACAGAGCUUCUGAUCGACUGUUUCAGUAACACCAAUAACUGCAAUCCAUAACUGUCAAACAGUGUUAGGAAUGAAGUCAGGCAUGAGAUGGCAGUGUUGUGAUUUACUGCUCAAUGUGUUUGUAGUGAAGACAGUUAAGGGAACAUUUUGUGCACUAUUAAGCAACGAUGGUUUCUUUAAAGCGAAGGGCAAAACUAAUGCAUUAAGCUUCUCAAAUACAAAUUUACAAACAUUAUACAAUUAUGAGGAGCUGGGAUGGUCUGCAUUCAAACUAAAAAUGUUUGACAAAGAUCAACAAAAGAUCAAUGUUUUCAAUAACUUCAAUAAAAAAAAAUGAUUUUGCUUUUCAUUAUAUCCAAAGGGUUGGAUGAAUGUAAAGCCAAUUCAAAGCUAACCCUUUACGCGCUGCUGAAAAACACCAUUUAUAUUGUGUGCAAUGCAAAAACAAACCCGGCCAUUUUUCUUAGAAUGCCAAAUGAUGUAUAGGAACAGAAUCUGCAGUUGCAUCGAUUAUAACUUCAAAAUGCUCUUUAGUAAAUGAAUUCCAUACAUCUCCACGAGCCGGUGCAAUAAAACGCCUCCGCUGUGCAAUCUGAUGGCAUUAGUCUGCUAACCAUGAUCAAAUCAGUAUUACGAUACAUGCAACACCUUAUGUCACCAACCAAAUACACAUUGUUUUGUUACAUUUAUUUAUACGUGUUCCUAUGAAAUAAAACAUCUGGAUUUUGUGGGACA